UUGCAAUCAUCUCUAGCAACCCUAUUUAGAAUAAUAUUUCCCUUUAAGGUGGUGGAAAAGGUUUUUAUUGUGUCUUUUCCUUUCCUGCUGCUGCUGGAUUUCCAUCUUGCAAAGGUCUCCGUCGUCAUGAUGCCAAAGCGCAGCCGGGGAAAACGAGGCCACUUUGCCACUUUCCACAGGACAUCUAUGGCCAUCCACAAUCAAGAACCUCAUGUUCCAAAUGAUGUACAGGACAGUUCCAUUUCCCAGGAGGCCAUGCCCAUGGCUGCCAGCCCCACCACAUCACAACAAUUGGUUAUGAAGGAGGAGGAACCCUCUCAGUCAGCAGUGCAUGACCUAUUUUCCUACCUGAAGGAGAAGGAAGAAGACGAGGAGGAAGAUACCACGGAGGCAGAGGUCUACUUGCCUACUACAAUGUCUGCCCAGAUGGUGAGAAAACAGCCCUGCCAUUCGGAGGUACAUGAGGUGCUCUCCUACUUGAAGGAGGAGGAAGAGGAGAAGGUUCCCAAUAUAGGAUUGCUUUUUCCACCAAAUAGUCACCCACCUCCAGCCACCCCUUCACCUCCCUCACCUUACAUCCCUCCAGCUACUAUGGGCAGAGCUGUUCACCCAACAGGCGUUGAGAUGCUGCAUUUCUUUAGCCCUUUGUCUCAUGCCCCAGCCUUUUCCUCACAUUGGAAGCGGGGACGUGAGCGGGAAAUGUUGGCGGAGUCCAUCCCACCCGCUGGGCCCAAGAAGACCACAUCAGCAGUCUGGGAUUACUUCACACUGGACCCACGAGAGCCCUGCGUGGCUGUCUGCAGCACGUGUCAGAAGCGGGUGAGGCGAGGUAAGGAUGGUGGCACCCGCCCAGGCACAACGGCUCUCCACAAACACUUGAAAGUUCACCACAGUCUUCAUUUGCCUGGAGUUGCUGUGGUGUCUCCAUCAACUCUGAUACCCCUGAAGGAGAGGCCACAUAGGUCUCCCAUGGUGAUCCCAGAACCAGUCACCCCAGCCUUCCAGCUGGUGCGUCAGGAGCGGAACCAGCCCCCCUACCCUCCCACACAUCCAAUGGCUCUCCAGCUGGCUUCAGAUACAGCCUGGAUGCUGGCAGUGGAUAUGCAUCCCCUCUCCUAUGUAGACAAUGAAGGCUUUCGGCGGUUGAUGGCCACUGCCCAGCCCCGUUGGAAGAUCCCAAGCCGGACCUUCUUCGCCAUGAGAGCUGUUCCCGAGUUGUCCAAGGUGGUGUCCAGAGCCGUUCGCCAAGUUGUGGCCUGUAGUGUGGGCCACACAGUCCAUGUUGCCAUUGACAUCUGGGAUGGUGGCCAGAGGGCCACCUACAUGUCUGUGACAGGGCACUGGGUGGCCGAAUUCAGUGGUGCUCUGUCCCGGAAGCAUGCCACCCUGUCUGUAUGCACCUUUGAGGGGCCUUGCUCUCCAGAUGACAUCUGCCACAAACUGCAGGAAGUCCUGCAGGAUUGGUUGUACGAUUUGAAGACCGGAGGAGUGGUCUUGGACAAUGGAGCCAAUGCAGCCAAGGCUGUGCGGGAGAUGCACCUCAAAUGUGUCCCUUGCCUGGCCCGCUGCCUGAAGCUGGUGGCCAAAGCCUUUUUGGACACUGAUGCUCAGGUUGGACGGCUCCUAAAAUUAUCAAGGAGGAUCUGCAAUCAUUACAACCACUCUGCUGCUGUCCGCCAUCACCUACUGCAAGUGCAAGCCAACUUGGGCCUACACCGGUCCAUGAGGCAGGAGGCCCGGGCCAGGUCAAACUCUACCUUACAGAUGCUGGAGCACCUCUACUGGCAACGGCAAGCCAUCAGCACCAUGUUGGAUGAGGAGGACAAUGACUAUGACAGUGGCUCCCAUCUACACUUGACUCCUGCAGACUGGAAGCUGGUGAAGUGCUUGAUGGAGAUCCUCAAGCCCUUUGAAGAUGCCACCAUGCUGGUUACCCGGCCUGAUGCCACCCUCUGCCAGGCACUUCCUCUCUUGUGGUUCUUGGAGGAACAGCUCCGGACUCUGAGGACCAGAUACUACCAGGAGAACAACAACAUGGCUGCCCAUCUUACCACCCAGGCCCUGGAUUGCCUAGAGGCUGACCCCCAGCUGAGAGAGGUGAGGUAUAGCAUGGUCUUUCGGGCAGCUGCUUUCUUUGACCCCCGCUUCAGAGACAUAACCACCAUGAAGUUGGGCAGUACUGAUGUAAGUGAGGCAGCCAUGUUAAAGGAGCACAUCCUUGGCUUGGCAACAAGGGCCUAUGUACCACCAGGACCAGAUGCUGAAUUUUCGCCGGUUGGCCGCUCCGCCCCGCAAGUGUCCAGCAGUUCUAGCAACCCCACUGGCUCAGAUGCAUGGCAGUUCACCAUGAAACGUUGGAGGGCAAUUACCAAAAGCAACCCAACCACAGGUCUGGCUACCGAAGGGGGAGCUGCUGUGGCCCUCCGCGAACUAGAGGAAUAUCUUCACGACAGUGUGGACCACAUUGGAGAGAAUGCUGAUCCAAUGUUGUAUUGGCAAGGAAAGAUGGGGGUUUGGCCAACUCUUUUCAAGGUUGCUGUGUUUUAUUUUGGGUGCCCACCAACAUCAGCAUCCUCCGAUGACCUUUCCUUUAUUGCUGCUUCAUUGGCAGCAGGAGACCAUCCCAAGAACCUCUCCCCAGCCAAUGUGAAGAUGUUUGCCUUCAUCCGGAAGAACCGCCACCUCAUCCCUCAAGACUGGAGACUCUCGCUUGGUGACCUCUCUUCCUCUCAGAGCAUGAUGGGUCCCAGGGAUUACUUGGAUACGGAAGAGGAGGAGGAUCUGCUGAGAGCAGAUGAUGAACAGGAGGAGGAGUGAGAAACUGAACAGCCUGAAAACUGUUGCUGGUCAGAAGAUAGCUGACUUGUACAUAGCUGCUUGGAGGGAGGAAAUCAUGGGGUGUUUUUUUUCCCUG